AUGAAGGUCUUCGCUUCGUUCCUCUUGCUCGUGCUCGCCGCCAUCGUGGCCGUUCAGGCGAGCCCGCAGCCCAGCCCUCAGCCCACCGCCGCCCCCAAGGUGGAGAAGAGGCAGGCCAGCUUUGACCCCUACAACCUGUCGCAGUACACCAACCCUGGUGCGCUCGCGUCGCUGUCCGGCUACCUUGCAUCGCAGUAUGGUGCUCUCAGCGGCAUGUCGCUCGACCCCAGCUACUCGUCGUUCAUUGCAUCGCAGGAGAGCCAGGCGUACUCGUACCUCUCGAUCGCCUCGUCCAUCGCUGCCAACGGCGGCGCCAGCAACUCGGACCUCGGCUCGCUUCUUGGCUCGCUCACGGCCACCAUGACCGGCAGCACCAACGGCCAGGGCAACACUGGCGCCAACAGCGGCCAGAACAACGGUCAGGGCAACAGCGGCUCCGCUGCCGGUGCCUCGGCCACCACCUCCAAGGCUGCCAACGCCGCUAUUGGCACCACCACUCAGCUUCCCGUCUACCUCACCGGCAUGGUUGCUUGCACCUUUGUCGCCGCCCUCGCUGGUGCCUUUGUCCUCUAA